GGAUCAAGCCCAGCAAACCCUGCCCAAUGGAGCUAUUUCUCCCUUCUCUCCCUUUUCAUCACAGUUCUCCUUCUCCAACCCAGCCCUGCCUUAAUGAAACUCCUCCAGCUGCAUCUGGAAGAGGCUCCUGCUGACAAACUUGCCUAAGAGGAGGAAAGAAGAGAAAACCCACUCCCAUCGCAAGGAAGAAGGCAGAGAAGGAGGCUUUAAAGAGCAGGUUUGCUCUCUUUGUUGAAUGAGAAGGACAGAGCAGGAUCAGCAGCAUGAGCACUAGCACAGUUCCCUAUCAACAAAACCCCUACAGCUCCAGGAGUGGCUCCACCGUCAUCCAGUGCUACCGCUGUGGGGACACAUGCAAAGGAGAGGUGGUGCGUGUCCAGAGCAACCACUUCCACAUCAGGUGCUUCACAUGCCAAGUGUGCGGCUGUGACCUUGCCCAGUCAGGCUUCUUCUUCAAGAACCAAGAGUACAUCUGUACCCAUGACUACCAGCAGCUCUACGGGACUCGGUGUGACAGCUGUGGGGACUUCAUCACUGGAGAGGUCAUCUCUGCCCUGGGCAGGACCUACCACCCCAAGUGCUUUGUGUGCACCACAUGCAGGAAGCCGUUCCCCAUUGGAGACAAAGUGACGUUCAGUGGGAAAGAUUGUGUCUGCCAAAACUGUUCCCAUUCACUGAUCAGCACCAAGCCCAUCAAGAUUCAUGGGCCAAGCCACUGUGCGGGCUGCAAAGAGGAGAUCAAGCAAGGCCAAUCACUCCUGGCCCUGGAGAAGCAGUGGCACGUCAGCUGCUUCAAGUGCCAAACCUGUGGGAUCAUUCUGACCGGAGAGUACAUCAGCAAGGAUGGCGUUCCGUACUGCGAAUCUGACUACCAUGCUCAGUUUGGCAUUAAGUGCGAGACUUGCGACCGGUACAUCAGCGGCAGGGUCCUGGAGGCAGGAGGGAAACAUUACCACCCAACCUGUGCCAGAUGUGUCCGCUGCCACCAGAUGUUCACAGAAGGGGAGGAGAUGUAUCUCACAGGUUCUGAAGUGUGGCACCCCAUCUGUAAACAGGCGGCAAGAGCAGAGAAGAAACUGAAGCACAGAAGAACGUCAGAAACCUCCAUCUCACCCCCUGGUUCCAGUAUUGGUUCCCCCAACAGAGUCAUCUGCGCUAAAGUGGAUAAUGAGAUCCUUAAUUACAAAGACCUGGCAGCUCUUCCCAAGAUUAAAGCCAUCUACGAGGUGCAGCGUCCUGACCUCAUUUCCUACGAGCCCUAUCACAGAUACACAUCGGAUGAGACGCUGGAGAGAUAUAGCUAUGGGGAGUCCCUUGGAACACUGUCUCCGUAUUCUCAGGACAUCUAUGAAAGCAUUGACAUACGGCAGAGACGAGCUUCCAGCCCAGGCUAUGUUGACUCCCCUACCUACAGCCGCCAGGGCAUGUCCCCCACCAUCCCACGGUCCCCAUUUCACUACUACCGCUCAGGCACAGAGAGUGGGCGCAGCUCCCCCUACUAUAGCCAGUUAGAUGUGAGGUCUUCUACUCCAACCUCUUACCAAGCUCCCAAGCAUUUCCACAUUCCAGCUGCUGGAGAGAGUAACAUCUACCGGAAACCUCCCAUCUAUAAGCGACACGACCACCCGCCUGCAGCCACGAAAAGCAAAACCAGCGAAGACAUUGCACAGUCCUCCAAGUACAGCCCUGCCUACUCUCCAGACCCCUACUACCAUUCGGAGUCAGAGUACUGGUCUUUCCAGAGCUCCCCCAAAGUACCCCGAGCCCGGAGGUUCUCAUCAGGAGGAGAAGAGGAUGGGUAUGACCGGGGGAUGCACAAGAUCCAGAGUGGCAUUGGCAGGCUGAUCCUGAAGGAGGAGAUGAAGGCACGAUCCAACUCUUACGCUGAUCCUUGGACGCCACCCCGCAGCUCAGCCAGCAGUAGAGAAGCCCUCCAUACAGCUGGCUAUGAGAGCUCUCUGAACGGCUCUCCCCGUGCGCAUUAUCUGGCGGACAGCGAUCCCCUCAUUUCUAAAUCUGCGUCUCUUCCUGCCUACAGACGGAACGGGCUGCAUCGGCCUCCCAGUGCUGAACUUUUCCACUAUGACAGCACAAAUGCCGUCAACUGGGGGAUGAGAGAAUACAAGAUAUAUCCCUAUGAGCUGCUUCUGGUAACCACCAGGGGAAGGAAUCGGCUGCCCAAAGAUGUGGACAGGACUCGGUUAGAGCGCCACCUGUCACAAGAAGAGUUCUACCAGAUCUUCGGCAUGACCAUUGCGGAGUUUGACCGCCUGUUUGACCGCCUGGCCCUGUGGAAGAGGAAUGAGCUGAAGAAGCAAGCGCGGCUGUUUUAAAUGCACUGCACUAUAAAUAUAUACAUACCUAUAAAUAUAUAUAUAGAAAGAUCUCUAUAUUGAAGCUCUGUAUAACUCUCUCUAUAUUGUACCAUAGGAGGCGGCGGCCCCUCUCUUUGGAACCCUGUAGAGUGAAUUGAAGCCUCACAGAUAUUUUUAUGCUCUUGGUUUCCUUUAUUUUCUUUUUUUAUUCUGAAUACAGUUUGGGGGCCUCAGAGGCCACAUUUUGGGGGUGGGAGCCUGGUUUGUAGUAAACUCUCUGGCCUUUCUGAGUGCCUGGCCUCUGUCAGAGCCUCACUUUCUCAGAAGCACUCAUGUCUAUAUACCAGCUCUACCUUUGUGGUGGCAGGGAGAACGGGUAUCUGCUACACAUGCAGUGACAGGUUUUAGGUACUCUCCUUCCUCUUGCCUCCCCAGCCCUUUCACCCCAGGCUUGGCUGCUGCUUCAUGGCAGGCUCCUAGGGAAGGGGUGGAACCCUCCCCUUGCCACCCGUGGUUCUCCCAACUCCCUUGAGGCAGGCCCUCAGCACCUGUUUCAAUCCCUGUUAGCAGCAGGAUUCUUGGUAUUCUCCAACCACCUACUGGUGUGGGAGGGGCUGUUGUCUUCCUCUUUCAGCAGUCCCAGGAGCUGAGGUUACACUGCAGAGGAAAGUGAAUAGAGCAGGCCUAAACUACCUCUUCCCCUGUGACAUGGGCCACCCAUGCCCUCCCUACAGCCCUGGACUGUGUUGGUAUCUGCUGGAAAUGGCACGGCGCAUGACAGCCAUUUAGCAGUGAUAGUUUUGUUCUGCUUUCCUUUCCCCAGCUGCCAGCAGUGAAUAUACUUGUGUGCAGCUCAGGGACUGCAAAGCCAAAGAGGGCAUUGUGUUUGAAGGCUAUGAAGGUUGUUACAGUAUGCUCCACUCAGAGUCUGGGACAGGUGUACCUCUUCCACCUGGCUCUCACCUUCAUGCAUUCCCCAGGGUUGGGAGCAUGGAACAUGCUCCGGUUCUGACUGUAGAGAUCCUGGUGAUGAAAGUGCUCACCCCCUGCAGUGCAAAUGCUGCAGUUGUGCCUAGUAAUGUAACGAACAAAUGGGUGAAAGAUAAAGGACGGACUGGGUCUCUCCAUUCCCCGCAGUAGGAAAACAACCUCCAGACAGUAAAACAUGGGGGAAAGACAGUCCAAGAGCUAGCAGUAGAGUUCUCUCUGGGCUGAGUUUUGUUCUGCGCUUUCCCAGGAAGCACUCUGGCAGGUCUUUAACAACAGGUGGAUGCAGAGAGAUUAGACUCAUGAUCCAAGGCUACACUCUCUCUAGUUAUGCCACAUGCUUCCCCAACUCUGAUGUUUCCAGACCACAGGGCUCCACCAGCAUGGCUCCACUCUUUGUCCAUACUAAUGCCAGCUUCACCUCCCAUAGUGCCAGAACAGUAGUUUGUCACCUUCAGUCCCCAGCCUUCCCAGGCCCUUUACACAGGCCUUGGACUUGGGUUGGCUCUUUCCCAACCAUCAGGUGUGCAGAGGGCUGUUGCUGCUGUAAGGGUUAUAAGUGGCCUUGAACCCAAACUCCAUAUCUAUCUAGGCCUGAGCCUUGGAGAAGUCAGAAGGGUGCUUUAAUAUUGGAGGCCGCACUUUAGAUUCUCCAUUUAGACAUUGUCUUGAACGGCAACAGUCUGUACAGCAUCGUCUUUAUUUGGAGCCUAAUAGCAGUUGUCCAAAUAGCUGGUUAUGGGAGUUGUAAGGCAAUUCAGUACAAAGGGAAUGGGGACAUAUUGUAUUUGGUUAUUACAAGCUGAAUCUCAGCAGCAUCUCCCUUUUUUAUGUCUUUUGCUGGAUUUUUCCAGGGUUGCUUAGUGACCAGCAGUAUCCUGUUCCAGAUCAAAUCAGUAUUGCAGUCUUCUGCAGGGGCUAAUAAAGGAUUUUAUAAGGACUCUCAUCUAACUCUGGGGGAAACUAUGGGUUUUUUGUUGUUUGUUUGGUUUUUUUACUAAUAUGCUAUGUCAACACAAAUGCAUUUGCCUGCUGCCUUGUAUGUUUCUCUGAUUUCCUGUGUGCUUUCUUUGGCAUGAUUUUUUUUUGGAAGGUCUCAGAACUGGGCACUCCAGUCUGUGGCUAGGAAAGCAGGGUCAGUACCCAGUACUGAAUCGGUCAAUAUGUUCUCUUUUAUGGGAGUGGAGUAAUGCUCUGCUUUCACAAAGGGUAUGGAAUUAAUGAUCUAAUGGAUCUUUUCAAUUUUUGUCUACACUGGUCAGCUUAAAAAUCUGCAGGGGA